CCUGACCUGCUUCUGGGGAACACCACUGUCUGAAACUGCUAACGUUACAACAAACUAGUCUUGCUAAGUACCAGCUUUCCUUUCUGCAGUUAUUGUUACUUCAGAAAGUCAAGGUACACAACUAGAACACUGACGUUACUAAACGAGAACGGAAGAAAAGAGUGGAAGAAAACAUUAACGUUUCUGGAAUCUAAAGAGGCAUUUUCAGGUGAAACAUUAUGGGUUCCAGCGAGAGCAAGGUGGCAGCUAGUGUAUCAACCCCCAAACCAGAUCCUAUCCAGCGCAUUAAAAAUCAACGUGUGGCGGAGCUUGUCGACCCUCGCUCCCCGACUGCAGGCAUUGACCGAACGCCAAUUCAGAUGGCUGGUGCCUUUUCUAAAACUGGAGUAGAGGAAUCUUCAGGAUCUUCAUUAACAUAUGACCCUCGCUCACCAACACAUGGUAUCUCCCGCACACCAAUGAAAGACAGCAUGAAGGUUACAGUGAGUUCCUUUGCCAGACGCCUGGGUAUGCUCUUUUUGACCGAGUCUAGUAUAGAUGAAGCUGCUGCCCUUCCUCACGUCACCUUUACCAAAAACUCCGACCUCCCUGUAGAGGAGCUAGGUUUCACAGAGCCCCUACUCACCCACUACACUACCCUGGACUCCGGCAACUGCGACAGUGCCACCACAUCAGAUGCCCACACUCCAUCGCAGGGCUACGGCUCUCUGGUCAGCAGCCCGUUUGUGCUGGUUGGUGAGGUGGUGGAGUUGAAGGCUGACCUCUCCUUAGAGGAGGCGGAAGACGCCCUGGUGGCUGAUUCCUACUCUCCUAUAAAGAAGGAGCUCAGUCUGAGCUUGCUGACGUGCCACGAUGGCAUGAACCCAUCCCAGAUCUGUGUGGAUGAUGACUGCCCCCUCACCCCAACCCCCACUGAGGUCGUGCCUAGCGAACAGGGGAAGGAGGACCACGGGUACGCCCUUCCGACAGUUUCUGUUGAGCCUGUGCCGCUUGUCUCCCUGCCCACAGUCGUAGAGUCUGCCCCAGAGCCAGAGAUAUCUGAAGCUCCCGUGGUCGACUCACCUAAGGUGGAGGUCACUGAAAAGUUUGCCCCAGAGCCAGAGAUAUCUGAAGCUCCCGUGGUCGACUCGCCUAAGGUGGAGGUCACUGAAGAGUUUGCCCCAGAGCCAGAGAUGUCUGAAGCUCCCGUGGUCAACUCACCUAAGGUGGAGGUCACUGAAGAGUUUGCCCCAGAGCCAGAGAUGUCUGAAGCUCCCGUGGUCAACUCACCUAAGGUGGAGGUCACUGAAGAGUUUGCCCCAGAGGUGUGUGAAGCUCCCGUGAUCGACUCCUCUAAGGUGGAGGUCACUGAGGAGCCUGAGCCCGUUCCACAGCGGCCCAGCACCCCCAAAGCUACCAGUGCACCCGCACUUCCUGCUGCAAUGACUACGCUUCAGCCACAGGCCCUGACCGCUCAAGCCCAGGAGGGCAUUAGGUGCCCCACCUUUGACACAAAGAGCCCCAGUCAGGUGGUGUUCAAGCCUCAGUGGUUGGGCGUCGGCUUCGGCGCCACAGGGGUGAAGCCCAGAGGCCUGCAGGGCCGUGGCAAAGGCAGCUCAUCACCGCUGGCCUCCCGAAAGCCAGCCGACAGCGAGAACCAGGGCUUGAGUGUUAAGCCCAAGCAGAGAGGUAAGGUCCUUGUCAGCGACGGGCGCUCUCCUCUGCAGAUUCGCAAAGAGACCAACUCACCUCGGGAGAACUCCUCUCAGAUGAAGUUGAAGAUCUCCACCCCAGACAGACAGAGACUGGGGCAGCUGGACAGAAGAGCUCUAAUUCAGUAUAUGAACAAAGAGAAUCAGAGAUAGGAUGGACUCGACAGAUAUUGUCAACACAUUGUAAAUACGUCACAUUUUUAAUGUACAGACAAAAUAUCUGUUUGUUUUUUCCUGUUUGUUUGCUUUUCUUUUUAACCAAACCAUCUAUUAAAUUGUUUCUAAACUAAUGUAAAUAAAAUUGAAAAUAUUGAUUUAA